AAAAGUCUUAAUGAAAAUACAAGAAUUACAAAUUAAAAGAGAAGUUGUUAUUCAACUUAUUCAGGGAGUGCAAGACCUAAAAAAUCAGAAAGACCCGCUAUUCUUUAUUAAGGACUUCAAAUCUACUUACGAAAGGAUUUUGAACAACAACACCGAAGUAGAAACAAUAAAGGUAAUCUGGAAAAUGCUUGAGGAAACUACAAUAAUGACCAUUAAACAGGAAACGAAGCGAAUUUUUGAGAUGAUAAGCAAACUAAUUUUGGACCAUCACGCCCAGCCACAUGGUGAAGUAACAGAAGAAAUGAACGAUCAAAAUGGGGAAGAUAAUUUAUCAGAUUAUCUGAAACCCACAGCAAGUGAAGAUGUCCGAAGAUUUCAGCAUACGUUUUCAUUUUGCAAAGAUAUGCCAGUCCCAUUACUACUGGAGAAGCCAGUUAAAUCAAACGUCAAAGUAACAUCCAGAGGAGAUCAGGAAGCAUUGUGGUCCCCUGAACUGCAACUGGCCGCCUCGGAACAGGCUGUUGUGACACACCUGGCGGAGGAAACAGUUCUCAGACCAUCUGCAAGGCUACGUUUCCAGGAUCUGCUGUUUUUAGCUCCAAAUGCUAUGUCACAGGAGGUAAUGGAGGAGACAUGUCAAUUUGAUGACUACUAUGAAGAGGAUUAUUUAACAGAACACAUGAAAAGUGAAGACAAUGAAUCCAAUGCCUCCAUUCCAGAGAACUUUAUGUAUUAUACAGGGUUUGAAGAGGAAGGCGGUGAAAUGUCUUACGUGAUGGAAAAUUCACAGGAUGACGAGUACCUGAAUGUUUUGUAUAUGAGAAGGCGAAGAGAUAAAGUUACUUGAAAAUCUGUAUAGUAAAGAUAAAACCAACCAUGAAAAGCAGAAAAAAAAAUUAAUUCCUACAAAUGAACCAAAUU